AUUUAUACUCUAUGUUCGAUUCUGACAACAAGCCGUUGAUCCAAUUAAUUCCUAGAGUUGGUCGUUCCCUUUUGUUUCCAAAGGAAUUCCUUCUCCCAAAAUUUGGUCAAUUAAUUUUACCAUUUUAAAGGAUACCUUCCUUUUCCUUCCCCCAUAAUCUCGUUCAAAUCAUUCCUAAAAACUUGGUCCAAUUAAUUUCCAAUAAAUGAAUGUUUCCCAGAUAAACUUGGUCCAUUUAAUUCCCAAUAAAGCAGAUACAUCCUCGAGCUUACCAUUUUCCUCCAGAUAUUCCAAAAAUUAAAUGCCAAAAUCUGCUGGUAUUUCGCGGGAAGCCGAUUCGACCCCAAUUACCGACCGACACAAUAUUCUCUCUAUAUUUUGCAUACUGUUUCGGAUUUGGUCCGGUUUCCUGGUUCGCUCGACCGGUCCAGUAUCGUAAUCCAUGCUUUAUAUAUGUUUUUAUGUAUAGUUAAAUUCAUUUGAUUUUAAUUGAGUUUCACAUUCUACGUAUUUUGUUAAAUUAGCAUGAAUCGGUGCAAACUAGUUAUACCGUCAAUAAAAUAAUUUUACUUUCUAAACCAGUACAACAAUAUAAACCUGUUCGACAAUCUUUAGAAUUGCUAACGUCGAUUUGACAAAUGAGCCCAGAGCCCAAAGCCGUUGUCAGAAUCGAACAUAGUAAUUCCUUCUCCCAAGAUUUGGUUCAAUUAAUUUCAUCAUUUUAAAGGAUACCUUCCUGUUCCUUCCCCCAUAAUCUCGUUCAAAUCAUUCCUAAGAUUAAAAGGGCUAAAAACUUGGUCCAAUUAAUUUCCAAGAAAGGACUGUUUCCCCAUAUUAACUUGGUCCAUUUAAUUCCCAAUAAAGCACAUACAUCCUCGAGCUUACCAUUUUCCUCCAGAUCGUCCAAAAAUUUAAUGGCAGAACCGGCCGGUAUUUCGCGGGAAGCCGACUCGACUCCAAAUUACCGGCCGGCACAAUAUUUUCUACCUUUCCCGAUUUGGUCUGGUUUCCGGUUUCCGGCCGGUCCGGUAUCUAAAUUCAUUUGAUUUUAAUUGGGUUUCACAUUCUACAUAUUUGUUCAAUUGGCAUGAAUCGGUACAAACUAAUUAUACCACCAAUCGAGUCAUUUCAUUUUUUAAACCGGUGCAACAGUAAAAAACCGGUUUGACAACCUUUGGAGUCAGACCACGUCGAUUUGACGAAUGGGCCCAGCCCAAAGCCACCCAUUUCCCAAUAUAUAUAGUCCUUCUACCCAGCCAUCUUCAUUCACCCGGUUUCCCCGAUCUCUGUUAUUUUUCUUCCCAAUUUCCGGUCAUCGGCGGCGGUCACUCUCGCUCCUGCUGUCCUGCACCUAAGGUGAGUAUCGCUUUCUCUUCUCACUUCUAGUCAGCAGCAUCGCAAACUAUUUCAGCCUAGUUCUGGAGUUAAGGCAAAGUAUUUACUGUCUGUUUUCUCUGCAUGGUCGGAAACUGAUGCUCGCCGUUAACUGCCAAAUGUUCCCUUCCGUUUCCCCAUCUAGCAGCCAUAUUUAGUUUCACGAUUCGAACCCACUUAACUACUUGCGGACUACUAUUUCUCUCGUAUUCUCUCUGCAAUUGCUGUGAAUAAACCCUGAUUAACGAUUUAGGUUUUUUCAAUGAUAAGAUUGAAACUACAAUCUCAUCUUCGUUCAAUCAUGUCAUUUUUUUUCUCUCCCUGCAGCUAUGGGCGAAGGAAUGGAAAAACUCAGGCUCUUCAACCCGGACAUUCUCGAAUUGGUGCUAUCGAAGCUGCAGACUAAGGAUUUGCUUCGGAUGAAAUUCGUUUCCAAAAGUUGGAGGGAUAUCAUCCGCGACCGUUCUUUCGCGCUGCGACAUUCGCGGCUGAGGCUGCCGCCGGUGUCCGGAUUCCUAUUCCAAAAGAACCUUGAAUGGGAGGGGUUGGGUGUCUCUGCUGUGAGCUACAUUUCGGCUGAGAGGAAAGAAGAAGAAGAACCACCAAUGCUUCUCAGCAACAUUGUUGAUUCCAUGCCGGCCGAUUUCAAGAUGGUCUCUUCCUGCAAUGGCUUGAUUUGUUGCACCCGCUACUCCGCUGAAAAUGAUACCUUGGCUAUCCGUGUGGGGAACCCUUUAACUAGAGAAUGGUUCGAGUGUGAUUGGAAGCGUUGUGGUGGCAGGGCGUUUGCCAUUGGGCUGACUUUCAAUCCUUGCCGCGAUCUUACCAACAAUUCGACGAAUUUCAAGUUGGUUCUGGUGCAGGAGGCAGUGGCCAGCAUUGGGAAAGCAUGUUUUGGGUUUUAUGUGUACUCGUCCGAGACCGGAACUUGGAGGCUUUUGGAUGUAGAUGUAAGUGGCGACGAUAGGUUCACGAUGGGGGAUACCAAAUGUGUGUCUGUUAAAGGGUUCCUGUAUUGGUCGACCGUUUCUGGGAUCCUUGUGUUUGAUGUGGAAAACGAGCUUGCUUAUGUGAUCCUUCGGCCAAUCAUGCCAAUCGUAGAACGUGACCAAAGCUAUGGAGCAUCAGUUGCCAUUAUGGGGGAAUCCGAUGGUAAGCUUCAGUACGUGAUGGUGUCCAGUGCUAGGCUGGUUAUUUGGGCUCUUGAGGAUCCCCAGGACGGCGGCAAAUGGUCACUCGUGGUUGAUAAGUUCUUUGCUGAUAUGCAGAAUGAUCUUGUUCGUUUUCUGUGUCUGCAAAGGGAGGAAAGGAGUUUUUCGAUGUGGGGUUUUCCAUUCGGAUUCAAGGAUGGUUUUAUGGUACUGAGGGUGUCCUCGGAUACAAGGAAUAAAGGAGCUAUUUACUUGCUCAACACAAGGGACGGUGGAUUCAGCCGUUUUGCAGAUGCAACUGGGUUUUCUAUCAUGGGCGGAAUUACUCCCUGUGAUGUGCUUCCGUACUCAAUGAGUUUGGUUCCUUUAAAUCGGCCAUGAUGAAGGUGUGCCCUGCCUCCUGUCCUGUCUUCUCUGCUGCUCAUUAUCAUUAUCUUCUCCAUUGUUUCAUAACGCGCCAGUUCGGUUCGACCAUGAUGUCACAUUUGUCUCCUCUCUUAUUGGACCAGACUCAGUCAUCGAGGCCCAAGCCUGAACGGCCCAUGACAGCUCCCUCCGCUAGCUGCGUCAGCUCGUGUAGUUGCCCUAGUUCAACAAGGACUAGGUUAAUGGAUUCUGUCUCUAGUACGAGACAUAUAUAUUGGUGUAAGGCCGAAAGGUCAUGUAUUGUGAAUUCUGAUCAAUAAGAUUAAAGCCGGAGA